AUGGAAGAGUUUUCUGACGAGGAGGAAGACAUCGACGCCCUGAUGUCAGCCCACAGCCAGAGCGCCGGCCGGAGCCUCAGCAGCGCCGUGUCAACGUCCUCCACUCCUGGCUCUGAAAGAAGGUGGUACCUUAAUGUCCCCGACUCGGAUGCUGAGACUAGCAGCAUCAACAGCAUGAUGAGCAUGUACAGCGAGACUGGUGACUAUGGCAACGCCAAGGUGAGCGGCGAGAUCCUCCUGAACAUCGGCUACAACUAUAAAACAGGCGCCCUCAACAUCCAUGUGAAAGAAUGUCACAAUCUGGGGACGGGAGACGAGAGGCGGCAGCGCACGGAUGCAUAUGUGAAAACGUACCUGCUGCCUGACACAUCACGGCAGAGCAAGAGGAAGACUAGCAUCAAACCCAAUACCAUUAACCCCAUUUUCAAUGAGAACCUGAGGUAUGUGAUCAGCCGCUCGCAGCUGGAGACUCGGACCCUGCAGGUGUCUGUGUGGCACCACGACCGCUUUGGAUACAACAGCUUCCUGGGUGAGGUGGAGCUGACCUUCGACUCGUGGGAGUUUGACUCUCAGAUAGAGGAGUGGUACUCUCUGCAGCCCAGGGUGGAGAGCAGUAUAGACGCCACGAUGCAGUACAAAGGAGAGCUGACGGUGGUACUGAAGUACAUACCCGCAGAGAAAAACCUCACGCUUCCUCUGGACCAAGUUCAAGUAAAGAAGAGUUUCCUGAAGAGCAAGAAGAGGAGCAGCAUCACGCUGCCUAAAGGGGGCAUGGUCGAGCUGUUGGUUAAAGGGGCCAAAAACCUAACCGCUGUCAAGUCUGGAGGCAGUUCGGAUACUUUUGUGAAAGGAUACCUCCUCCCUGACAAUACCAAGUCAACGAAGCACAAGACGGCGGUGGAGCGACGCACUGUGAACCCACAGUGGAACCACACGUUCACCUACUGUGGCCUGCAGCCAGGAGACCUGAACAACAUCUGCCUGGAGCUGACUGUGUGGGACAAAGAAGCUUUGUCCAGUAACGUCUUCCUGGGAGGAGUCAGGCUGGGAGCUGGCACAGGUAAAAGCUACGGAAAUGAAGUGGACUGGAUGGACUCGUACGGGGAGGAACAGCAAGUAUGGCAACGCAUGAUCGAAAACCCAGAGGUUCCUCAGGAGUGUACUUUGAUGCUGCGGUCAAGCAUGCGCAAGUGCAGCGCGUGAGCCGGAUCGAUCGCACAGUCAAAGGGGAUCAAAGAGAGGGAGAAAGAAGAGGUCUGAAGUUAUGAGACGAGAGCUGGAGAGGCAGAGCAGUC